UGCGGCUUUGAGAAGCGCGCAGACAGCAGCGGGCACAUUGCGCGUCCCGAGCGACCACAACACCGUGAACGGCACGAGCGGGGACGCACCGCCUUAAAGACACUCCUUAUCCGUCUGUGCCCUUCUCUGGGAAUGGACCUCACAGCCAAAAUGGAAAUUAACAUCAGCCACCAGCAGAUGGUUCCGCCCGCGUGCUUCUUUUCGGUGGCGCAAAGCGUCCAGCUGAGUCCGAGCGGAACCGGACCGAGCGGCGGCAAGUCUGCCUCCAAGCAGCCGAAGAGGCAGCGCUCCUCCUCGCCGGAGCUACUGCGCUGCAAGCGGAGGCUGAACUUCGCCGGUUUCGGCUACACGCUGCCGCAGCAGCAGCCGCACGCGGUCGCACGGAGGAACGAGCGCGAGCGCAACCGCGUGAAGCUGGUGAACAACGGCUUCGCCACCCUGCGGGAGCACGUGCCCAACGGCGCCGCCAACAAGAAGAUGAGCAAAGUGGAGACGCUGCGCUCCGCCGUGGAGUAUAUCCGCGCGCUGCAGCAGCUCCUGGACGAGCACGACGCGGUGAGCGCCGCCUUCCAGUCCGGCGUCCUGUCGCCCACCAUCUCACAGGGAUACUCCGCAGAUGUCAACUCCAUGGCGGGUUCCCCCGUGUCCUCCUACUCAUCCGACGAGGGAUCCUACGACCCCCUCAGUCCAGAGGAGCAGGAACUGCUGGACUUCACCAACUGGUUCUGAGCACCUGCGCCAGGAGCAUGAACUCUAUUUUACUGUUGGAGUGCGCUUGUGGUGGUCCUCAAGAACAAGACGCACUGGCCACUCGGUCCUGCUCACGGGCCGCUUUACGCACCGAAAACCUCCGGCCAUAGGUCAGCGCCAAAGGAUUAAAGGACGACGGGUCUCCUGACAGCGUGGGAACCCGAACCUCUGCGCAUUCUACGCCCGUGAAAAACAGCAACACGUCUUUUGUAAAAAUAAUUAUUUAAUGCUCAACUAUGCUAAAUCCGUUUGGCGAAACUUCUCCGACGCUGAAAUGCUUCCAAGCCGUGGAUUUCUUCUAUAAAGUUAUAUAUCAAACGCUUUUAAAGAAUGUAUUAAGAUAUUUUUGUAUGUAAGAGAUUUAUAGAUGUUUUGUACACAUUUUUUUUGUAUAUAUAUUUUGUCUAUAUAUUGCGAAGCCUCCUGCCUGUUAGAACGUGUUCUCUGACUCCUGUUCAUGAGGCCUGAAGGAGUUUGACACUCCCGUGUUUUAUAUUUUAUUUUAGCACCGAUGUGUCUUAUUUAAUCGCAAAUGUUCUGUCACAAAGUUCACGACGAUCAAAUGUUAUGCAGCUAUUGUCCAAACUGAGCGCAAUGGUCGUCGGUAGACUGCCACCUGUCUUCACAUUCAAAGAACCCUAUAUAACCAUAUUUUCUACACUUAGUCCAAUAAUAAAAAGAUU